AUGAUGGUAUCUGAUAGUGAGAAUCAGGAAAAUGUAAAUUUGAUGGGAUCGCCGGAAAAACACUCAUUUGAUUAUUGUGAGUGUUUUAAAACUGAAAUAAUAUUUUUUCUUCAGCUCAAUAUUUUUCAAAUAUGUUUUGUUUCCAGUAAACGCUUACAAGUUUGCGUGUCGUUUCAAAUACACAGUUCCAAAACGUGCUCCAAUCGAAUUUCUUCUAAAAGAUAUUCACGAAAAUCGACCAGAACAGAAAUAUAUACAACAACUCGAAAAAGAAUUGGUGAGUUCAGUCAAAUUCCAUUUCAAAAAAAAUCCCUUUUUUUCCAGUUGAAGCCAACAAAAAUGAAAGAUAAGAAACAGAUGGUCACAGACGCUAUAAAAGGGAUGAAAGUUAGACUUGAAAGGAAGAAUAAUGUGAAUGAGUUGAAAACAUAUUUGACUGGAUUUCCAAGAAUAUUGAAAAAAGGAACUGAGUAAGUUUGUGCAAAUAUCUACUGCUUUAGCGCGCUCUAAACCUAAAUUAAGCGAUAACAAACUCGGCGGCUUCUUAAAUUUCAACUUUUUUGCAGCCUUUGUUUCUCACACCAUAAAAAUGGCGAAUAUUUGGAACUUGCUCUAUUUCAAAAAGGAUUUGAUCCAUUCAAUAAACAACAUUCUCCAAAUGGUGAAAUGGGUUAUUUUUGGAAUAUAAAACCGAAAAGUAUUGAAGAAAGGAAUUUAAGGAGAAGAAAAUGUCAAGAAGAAACCGAAAAAUAUACGGGAGUUAAUGGAACUUGUGUUAGUUAUGCGCUAUUUUAUGAAAAGGAGAUGUUUGAAGAAGAAACUGAUGAUAUUCUUGAGAAAAUGAGUAGAGAAGGUUAG